GCGGCCGCUCGCUCCAGUCGCCGCCAUGGCCGGGCCCGCGCGCGCGCUGCUCGCCGCCCUGCUGGCGCCGGCGCUGGUGGCGCUGCUGGUGGCGCCCGCGCGCGGCCGGGGCGGCCGGGGCCACGGGGACUGGGAUGCCGCCGAGCUGCUGCCCCCGCUGCCGCCCCGCGAGGACGCGGCGCGCGUGGCCCGCUUCGUGACGCACGUCUGCGACUGGGGCGCCCUGGCCACCCUCUCCACGGACCCCGCGGUGCGCGGCCGGGCCUUCGCCGACGUGCUCUCGCUCAGCGACGGGCCGCCGGGCGCGGGCAGCGGCGUGCCCUACUUCUACCUGAGCCCGCUGCAGCAGGCGGUGGGCAACCUGCAGGAGGAUCCACAUGCUACUCUGACCAUGUCUUUGGCACAGACUAACUUCUGCCAAAAGCAGGGAUUUGAUCCCCAGAGUCCCCUCUGUGCUCACAUAAUACUGUCAGGGACUGUUACCAAGGUGAAUGGAACGGAAAUGGACUUUGCCAAGCAGUCGCUGUUUGUCCGACACCCUGAGAUGAAAACGUGGCCUUCCAGCCACAACUGGUUCUUUGCGAAGUUGAAUAUAACCAACAUCUGGGUCCUGGACUACUUCGGCGGCCCCAAGAUAGUGACACCCGAGGAAUAUUAUAACGUCACGCUUCAGUGAGGCAGAACACGGCGAAGUCGGCGGCACCCGGGAGGUUGCUUAGGUUGCCCACACAGUCCGGAAGGGCUCGACGUGCCUCUGUGGGGCGUUGCCCAGCUGCACACGCUGAUCUGCUUGCUUGCUUACAAAAUAGGGCUGGACUCUUCCUGGAUUUCUUGCGGAUGUGGUUGCUGGAUUUCUUUUUUUUUUUUUUAAUUUUGAAGCCAUUUUCAUAGAGAUGUGCCUUUCAUUAUGAUCCCAGAAGCUUUGUUCUGUCCAUUCCAGAUAGUCUUCCAACGGGGCUCCUUGAAGAGGGGCCGGCGCCAGGUUUAGAUCGCCCAUUGGCAUUUGAAGGUGCCACGCGUGGGUGCUUCCCGGAAGCGCCGGGCCGGGGAGAGGACCUCGCCCACCCACGGCUGUGCCGUCGCUGCCCGCUCCCAUCCGGCAGGGCUGGUCGUGUCACUGUGCGUCCGCAGGUAUGUGGCCAGGCCAGACCGCCGUGAGCCACGAGCGGACCUUCCUCCUCUCGGUCCCUUUGUGCCUGACAGUCCUGGGUGGUGGUGAUCCAGCGCAGGGCAGCGCCCUUCCUUAUAAAAGAACUUCUUUUUCCACUGUUCCAGUCUAAAGUGAUAA